AUGUCUGAUACACCUCUAUCCCUAGUUCUAGGCGUCCUAGCGUUCUGCCGCCGAUUUGUACUCCCAGCGGAAAUGAUGGCGGACGAGAGUCAUAAAGAAGCGCCAAUCCUCAUGGAUCUCCCCUGGGUGGACGAUGAAGGAGCAAUUACCAACUAUAAGUGUCCACCACCCGAGUUGGAGAAGAUUCGGUGCCAAUAUCAAUUACUCCCGAGCGAGGAGGGAGACUGCUCUGACGAUGAGUCCACACCGCUACUCGGAUCGGCAGAAGACUGGGAGCCUCCCUCGCCAGCACUUCCAGAUGAGGGGACAGGCUCCUUGGCUGACAAGUCCACACCACUACUCGGAUCAGAAUCAGACGGAGAGACUUUCCAGCCAGCACCACAAAGUGAAGACACAGGCUCCUCCUCCUCACCACCACCACUCGACCAAGAUGAUGACUGGGGCCCCUACCAACGAGCACUUCCCAAAGAAGAAACCGACCUCAUUACUCUCGAUCCCACAUCAACAGCACCAUCCACUCCUGCUGUUGAUUCCUCACCAGCGUCCAGCAACCCCAACACCGAGCAUCCCCCGGAGCCAACGCUUCAGAAUCACACGCCGCAAAGCGUCUCCGUAUCAAACCCGCAUCCGCCCUCCUCUAUCCAAGAUCCCGACCUCGAUCCCAACUCGGUUCCACCAGUACUGGCCUUGAGCUCCCCCACCUCUCCGUGCUUCACGCAUGACCUCGAGAAAUAUGAUCUUCUCCGCCAGAACCUCAGUGACAAGGUGGACAGACUGCAUAAGAUUCUCUGCGCUGGAGAUGAUCCAGUAUGCAUGCACUGA